GCCUCCCCGCCUUAAGAAGCCUACUGUACCCAUUCAUCUUGCUGAGAUCCACGAAAUUCGCAAUGAUCGAGGAUCUGAUCCUUUCUAAGAACCACCUGCAGCGGAUUUGUCUCCGACGCUCCGUCCAGCGCGCAACUCCCACUCUUCACGGUCAUACAUUCCGGAAUCCUACACCACAAAAAAACAGACACAAGGCCCGCCUGGCGAAGCCUCGAAUCAUCAAGUAAGCCUGGCGGGAAGAGAAAACUUUAAUCUGAAUCCCGUCUCUCCGAAGAAGCCUUGCUUGCUGAAUCUGCCAUUGAUGGAUCCGGAGCAGCAGAUGGCGGCCGUUCUUGGAUCGCGACCUGGGGCAUUUGCGACGCUAAUCUCGUACCUCAUGUCUUCCGAUAAUAAGAAACGAAAGAAGGCCGAAUCUCUCUUCAGCCUCUGCCGAGUCCAUAACCCCGACGUUGUUGCUCUCAGGCUCACCCAUCUCCUCGACUCCUCCUUACCGCAACUUCGAACGAUGGCUGCGGUGCUCCUCCGCAGUCAUCUAAUCUCUCACGGCGGAGGCUGUGACGCUGGGUUAUCACGACUUAACGCUAUCACCAAGGCGUCCAUCAAGUCCCUCCUCCUCGCUGCCGUCCAGCGGGAGGAGUCUAAGUUCCUCACUAAGCAGCUGUGCGAUGUCGUCGCUGAGGUUGCGGCUGCUCUUCUCCCGGAGAACGAAUGGCCUGAGUUUCUUCCUUUCAUGUUCCAGGCCGUCACCUCUGGCUCGCCGCACCUACAAGAAUCCUCCCUACUCGUCUUUUCUCGUCUAUCGCAGUGUACCAGAGACCCCCUGCUCCCUCAUCUCGCCAGCCUCCAUUCCGUCUUCCUGAAUUCGCUAUCUCACCCGAUUUCUUCUCCCGAUGUACGUAUUGCUGCUCUUGGUGCCUCUAUCAACCUUGUCCGGUGUCUGCCUUCUGCUGUGGAUCGCGAUGAGUUCGCGGACCUCCUUCCCGCCAUGAUGCUAACCCUAACGGAGUUUCUCAACUCAGGAAACGAGGCUGCAGCACAGGAGGCCCUUAAGCUCCUUAUAGAGCUUGCUGGCGCUGAGCCCAAGUUUCUCCGCCGUCAGUUGCCACAUUUGGUUGGCUCCAUGCUCCUGAUUGCAGAGGCGGAUGCCCUUGACGAGAGCACCCGUCACCUUGCGAUUGAGUUUAUGAUCACUCUUGCUGAGGCAAGGGAUGGAGCCCCUGGUAUGAUGCGAAAGCUUCCGCAGUUUAUUGGGAGGCUCUUUGCUGUUCUUAUGAAGAUGUUACUUGACAUCGAUGAUGAAUCAACCUGGCAUGCUGCUGAGGAAGAUGAUGAGGAUGCAUGGGAGACAGACAACUACAACUUUGGCCAGGAAUGUCUGGACCGACUAUCAAUUGCGAUUGGGGGCACGACCAUUGUUCCGGUUGCAUUUGAGCUGUUUCCUGUUUAUCUUGCCUCGCCAGAUUGGCAGAAGCACCAUGCUGCCCUGAUUACUCUGGCCCUGAUUGCUGAAGGAUGCUCCAAGGUGUUGAUUAAGAACCUGGAACAAGUGGUGACAAUGGCCUUGAACUCAUUCCAACAUCCUCAUCCACGUGUAAGAUGGGCAGCAAUCAAUGCUAUUAGGCAGCUGUCUACAGAUUUGAGUCCAGAUUUGCAGGUUCAAUAUCACCAGAGGGUGCUCCCAACUUUGGCAUCAGCUAUGGAUGAUUUCCAGAACCCACGUGUACAGGCACAUGCUGCUUCAGUAAUCCUCAAUUUCACUGAAAACUGCGCACCAGGUAUCUUGACUCAUUAUUUGGAUGGCUUUGUUAGCAAACUGUUGGUAUUGCUUCAGAAUAAGAAACCGAUCGUGCAAGGAGCAGCUUUGAUUGCUUUAGCAUCACUUGCGGAUUCUUCACGGGAGCAAUUCCAAAAUUACUAUGAUGCUGUAAUGCCUUGUUUGAAAACUAUUUUACUAAAUGCAACGGUUAAGUCAAAUCGCAUGCUACUUGCCAAGUCCAUGGAAUGCAUCAGUUUGGUUGGCAUGGUUGUGGGCAAGGAUAAGUUCAGGGAUGAUGCUAAACAAGUGAUGGAAGUGCUGAUGUCAUUACAAGGAUCUCAAAUAGAGAUUGAUGAUCCGAUAGCUAGCUAUAUGUUGCAAGCUUGGACACGACUCUGCCAGUGCUUAGGACAAGAUUUUCUACCAUAUAUGAAUUUUGUCAUGCCCCCUUUACUUCAGUCUGCUCAACUCGAACCAGAUGUGACCAUAACAUCUGCAGAUUCUGAAUACAUGGAUAAUUCGAAUGAGGACAGAGUUGAGAUUGCCAAUUUCGGGGAUAAAAGGAUUCGCAUUAGGACUCGUGUAUUAGAGGAGAAAGCCACAGCUUGUAGCAUGCUUUGUUGUUAUGCCGAUGAGCUCAAGGAGAAUUUCUACCCAUGGAUUGAUCAGGUUGCUCCUACUCUGGUUCCUUUACUGAAAUUUUAUUUCGAUGAAGAGGUUAGAAGGGCAGCUGUUUCCGCAAUGCCUGAACUACUGAGGUCAGCAAAGUUAGCAGUUGAGAAGGGACUAGCUCAGGGGCGUGAUGAGUCUUAUGUGAAGCAACUAUUUGAUUACAUAGUCCCAGCCUUAGUUGAAGCUCUUCAUAAGGAACCUGAAAUAGAAAUUUGUUCAAGCAUGUUGGAUUCCUUAAAUCAAUGUAUGCAGCUCUCUGGACAUCUUCUUGAUAAGGGCCAGAUCAGGUCCAUUGUGGAUGAGAUCAAGCAUUUGAUCACAGCAAGUACAAUUAGGAAAAGAGAAAGAGCAGAACGAAUGAAGGCUGAAGAUUUUGAUGCUGAAGAAGGGGAAUUUCUCAAAGAAGAAAAUGAGCAGGAAGAAGAAGUAUUCGAUCAGGUUAGUGAUUGUUUGGGCACAAUGAUCAAAACUUUCAAGACUUAUUUUGUACCAUUUCUUGAUGAGCUUUCUGUCUACCUAAAACCUAUGUGGGGAAGGGAUAAGACUCCAAAGGAGAGAAGAAUUGCUAUUUGUAUUUUUGAUGAUGUUGCAGAGCAGUGCCAAGAAUCAGCUCUUAAAUAUUAUGAUACGUACCUUCCUUUUCUAAUCGAAGCUUGCAAUGAUGGAGAUGCGGGUGUUAGACGGGCUGCUGUUUAUGGAAUUGGUGUUUGUGCUGAGUUUGGCGGAUUGGUUUUUCGUCCUUUUGUUGGUGAGGCUCUUUACAGGUUAAAUAAUGUGAUAAGGAAUCCUGAUGUAUUUAGUUCAAACACUGUAUUGGCAUAUGAUGCUGCUGUUUCUGCUCUGGGCAAAAUAUGUCUAUUUCAUCGUGACAGUAUUGAUGCGGCCCAGAUUAUGCCUGCAUGGUUAAACUGCUUGCCAGUAAAAGGGGAUCUGAUCGAGGCCAAAAUUGUACACGAGCAACUUUGCUCAAUGGUAGAAAGGUCUGAUAAGGAGCUUCUGGGUCCCAAUAAUCAAUAUCUUCCCAAGAUUAUUUCAGUUUUUGCUGAGGUUUUGUGUGCGGGCAAAGGUCUUGCAACGGAGCAGACUGUAAGCAGAAUGAUUAGACUUCUGAAGCAGCUGCAGCAGACGAUGCCGCCACCUUUUCUUGCAUCGCUCCUUUCUUCGUUGCCACCGCACCAACAGCUUGCACUACAAUCAGCGAUGUCGUCAUAAUUUGUGGAUAUUUCUUCUGCAGCAUCAAGUAAAUUUAUUUAUAUUACAGGUCAUUUUGCUUCCCAUUCUUUAUAUUUCAAUUAAUAAAUUGUUAAUCGAAA